AUGGCUUUCGCAGAACGUGAAAAUUUAUUGUACUUUGGGUUUUCUUCUCUGUGCCCUCGGAUACAAACACGUUACGGCAUCCAUCCAGUUGUGAGUCCGGGUCCGGGACUGUCAUCCUGUCAUCCCGUUCCGGCGUUGACUGCCUGCCAUGCUAUCCUGACACCGCUAGCUGUCUGUUCGACCCCGGCACCGACCGGAACCUUGCAUUUUGCGUGCACAACACACAGCAAAGCGCACCCGGAGAGCAGUCGUAAAAGCAACAAGUCUACGGUCGUUACGACAACGUCGGAUGACUAUAAUAUCCUCGAGGUUCCAGACCACUGUGCGGGUGGCGAACGGCGAGACCUUGCAGGUGACGGUGGCGGCGGAGGCGAUGAUGGCUUUGGAGGUGGCUACGACGGAGGCGGUGGAGGUGGCUGCGAUGGCGUCCGCAAGAACUACACCAAUCUGCCCAGUACCCCAGGAGACUUCGCCUCGAUGGGCGGAAAAGAACAACAACAACAUCCGGCAUCGGAAACGACCGUUCCAUAG